GGAACCAAUUCACAGGUUAACUCCCCACCAUCAUGACCGCUAACAUCACCCUGUACUUUCUUCAAACUUCGCGCGCCAUCCGUACGGCCUGGUUACUGGAGGAGCUCGGUGUACCUUACAACAUCGAGUUCUCCAGUCGCGUCAACAUGAAGGCCCCGCCAGAGUUCAUAGAACGAUCUGGCAACCCUCUAGGCAGGUUUCCGUCUAUCAAGGACGGCGACCUUUGCCUGUACGAGAGCGGCGCCAUCGCCGAAUAUCUCUGCGAGAAGUACGACACAACCCACAGACUCUACCCCGCGCAGCAACCCCUGCGCUCCCGCGCCCAGAUCUGGCUACACGCGGCCGAAGCGACGUUCCUCUUGCACAGCAUGGCCAUCUUCUACGCGAGGGGCAACUUUCCGCCAGCGCUCAAGGAAACCAACCCGGAUGCGCUCGCCCAGAUGGUGAAGGGCAUGUCAGUCAACGUGCAGCGCGACCUCGAUUGGCUCGAAGCGGAGCUUGCAAAGAGCAGCGGACCAUUCAUUCUGGGGGCGCAGGUUACGAUCGCGGAUACGAUGAUGGAGUUCAGCAUCGAUAUGAUCAUGUUAUAUCGGUUAGGUAUUGACGGUGGUGGUCCUUGGCCAAGGAUUGAGGCAUGGUUACAGGCAUGUCAUGCAUCGGAUACGUAUAAGCGAGCUGUGGAAAAGACAGGGUAUUCUCCGAGCUUCUCAACACCAGCCCCUCCCUCUGACGGGAAACAUGCAUCGAUGUUGUAGAGUGGAAGAGUAUAUGAAGACAAUAGAAUGACGUUAUGUACCGACUCUAAAACAUUAUCUUAUGUACGGUUUCAAGGAUUGACGGCAUGGAUGCGGG